AUGAGAAUUCUUAUUACUAAUGAUGACGGUCCCUUAAAUGAUGAAUGUUCUCCAUAUAUUAGACCAUUUAUUCAGCAUAUUAAAAGAGCUCAUCCACAUUGGAAAAUUACAGUUUGUGUACCACAUAUUCAAAGAUCUUGGAAUGGUAAAGCUCAUUUAGCUGGUAAAGACUUAUGUGCAACUUUUAUUUAUUCAGAUAUUGAUAAAAAUGAUAAUUCUUUUUGGGGCCCAUUUAAUAAACCACAAAAAUUACAAUCAAUUGAUUCAAAAUUACCGUAUAUUAUUAAUCCAGAAAUUCCAUCAGAUGCAAUCGAAUGGAUCUUAAUUGAUGGAACUCCCGCAUCUUGUGCAAAUAUCGCUUUACAUUUAUUAAAAGAUACUAAAUUUGAUUUAGUCAUAUCAGGUCCAAAUGUUGGUAGAAAUUCUUCAGCUGCAUACAUUACUUCAAGUGCUACAGUAGGUGCAGCAAUGGAAUCUGUUAUUACAGGUGAUACAAAAGCAAUUGCGGUAUCAUGGGCAUAUUAUGAAAAUAGAAAAAUUGUACCAUCAAAAUUAAUGAAAAUGGCGUCAAUGAGAACAACUCAAAUUAUUUCACAUCUUUGGGAAAAUUGGGAUAAUCAAACUGAUAUUUAUAGUAUUAAUAUUCCUUUAGUUGAUGAACUUUCAAAUUUAACAAAAAUUUUCUAUGCACCAAUUUGGGAAAAUAGAUGGUCUGCAAUUUUUAAUGGUCCACAUAUUAGAGAACCAAUCAAAGGAAAUUUAAUUGAAGAUGGUAAAGAUACUGAUCAAAUUUCUUUCAAUUGGUCACCCGAUUUUAAAAAUCAUAAAAAUUCUUCACAUUAUGAUGGGUUAUUAAAAGAUGAACUUAUUGCUCCAGGAACUGAUAUGGAUAUUAUUGAAAAAAGAUUCAUUAGUGUAACACCAUUAAGAGCUACUUUUAGAUCUAUGGAACAUUUAAAUGGUGAAUUGAUUUUAAAAUCAAAUAAUAAUAAUAAUAAUAAUAAUAACACUGUUGUUGAAGAUGAUAAUGAAUUAAAUGAAUUUGUUGCAGCAUUGACAAUUUCAAAGGAUGAAUAUAUUUAUGAACCAAUUAAAAACGCUUUUAAGAAAUAUCUUCCACAGUAUUCAAUUCAAUCAAGAUUAGCAGAUUUAUCAUCGGUAAAGAAAUUAAUUCAAUAUGGUGAUUAUGAACAAUUAGAUGUUGAUAAUUUAAUGUUAGAAAAUACAAAAUAUUUUGCUAAUUCCUUUAUUUAUAGAAAGGCUUUAAUUAGAAAACAUUAUUUGGCUCAUACUAUUCAUAGUUAUAUUGUUAAGAAUCCUCAAUCUAUUUUAAAUAAAGCUGUAUUAGAAUCUCAUACUUUAGAUUUGGAUUAUGCUGAAUUUUUAGAUGAUUCAUUAGAUGAAAAUUGGGAAUUAAGACAAGAAUUAGAAUCAGAGAGGAAAUGGUGGAUUGUUAAACCAAGUAUGAGUGAUAAAGGUCAAGGUAUUAGAGUAUUUAGAACCAUUGAUGAUUUACAAAGGAUAUUUGAUUCUUUUGAUGAUGAAGAUGAUGACAAUGAAGCAGAAUUCAUGGAUGAUAAUAAGAUUAUUAUCUCACAAUUACGUCAUUUUAUUGUUCAAGAAUACCUAACAAACCCACUAUUAUUACCAUCAAUGGAUAAUAAAAAAUUUCACAUCCGUUGUUAUAUUACUUGUAAAGGAGAUUUAGAAGUAUUUGUUUAUAAUAGAAUGCUUGCAUUAUUUGCUCCAAUAAAAUAUAAUGAUGUUACUAAAAAGACAGAUUUUGAUCCAACUGAUUUAAAGACAUUACAAAGUCAUUUGACUAAUACAUGUUUGCAAUCAAAGAACGAAACUAAAGAAUUAUCUGUUAUGGAAUUUGAUAAUUUAAUUGAUAUUUCAAAUGAUAAUAAAUCUAAAAUAAUAAAACAAAUUCAUGAAAUUACUCACGAUGUUUUCCUUGCUGCAGUUACUGUCAAUAGAAUGAAUUUUCAACCAUUACCUAAUGCAUUUGAAACAUAUGGUGUUGAUUUCUUAGUUGAUUCAAAUUAUGAAGUUAAAUUACUUGAAAUUAAUGCAUACCCAGAUUUCAAACAAACAGGUGAUGAAUUAAAAUCACUAAUCGAUGAACUUUUCUUAAAUGUUACUAAGAGUGUCAUACGUCCAUUAUUAGACUCAACACAAUCCGAAGAUUGUGAUUCGGAAACAUUCACAAAGGUACUAGAUCAUAAAUCUAAUGAAUGGAAUUAA